UGAAUAAGGAAGCAUUGGAGCACUGCGUGGUUGUCGUUUGCUCCCUGUGACACAAACAAAUGCCCAUAUCUCUUCGAAUACAUUGACUAGAGGAAACAGUAGAAAAGUCCACCGUAGACUCCAAAGUCUCCUUGAAUUGGAUGUGUUUCAUGGUAGCAGACCGGUGUUUUUGUGCCAGAGUUCACGUGAAGUUCCAGGAGCAGCUGGAGCAGAGAGAGUAAACCUGCAAGGACCCGCUAAUAGCCUCCGGACACGCAGGCCUAGCCCGUGGCAAGGCGAUUUAACCGGCUCUCGUAGACCUCGCUCGUUCAAAGGAAGGGGGAGUUUGCAGACCUUGUCAUCAGCCCUCAAGAGAUGACAGACGCCAUGUUUGGGACAGGGAAUGAUCAGUGGGUCUGUCCCAACGACCGGCAGCUGGCCCUUCGAGCCAAGCUGCAGACAGGCUGGUCGGUGCACACCUUCCGUACAGACCGACAGAGGAAGAGCCAGAUGCUGGAGCAGCAGGAGGUGGAGAUCAUCCUUAGUGUCAUCCGCAGGGCUGAGCAACUUGAGCAGAUUGAACAGCUCCGCAUCGGGAGGCUGGUGGAGCGUCUGGACAACAUGAAGAAGAGUGCGCUGGGGAACGGCCUGUCCCAGUGCCUGCUGUGUGGGGAGGUCCUGGGCCUCCUGGGAAAUCCCUCCAUCUUCUGUCAGGACUGCUGCAAGAAAGCAUGCACCAAAUGUGGCAUUGAGACCCAGUGCAGUCAGAAGACAACCCAGUGGCUGUGCAAGAUCUGCAGUGAACACAGAGAGGUGUGGAAGCGCUCUGGAGCCUGGUUCUACAAGGCCCUGCCCAAUUACGUGCGCCCAGGGAAGGAGGGGCAGAGUGGGGCUGCUCUCGGACUGCAAGGGGCCCAGAGAGGAGGGCAGAAGAUGGCCAUGAGUUCCACAGUCAGUCAGACCUACACAUGGGCAUACAGCAAAGUGGUGUCUAGUGGCAGCGAGUCGGACCACAGUGAGGGCAGCGAGGAGAGCAAGGUGUCCAACCACGGUCUCUAUGAGGGCAAGCAGCGCACCGACUCAGGGUUCAAUGGGGCGCCGAUCAGGACCCCCACAGGACUGGGCUGGUGCCCACAUGGCAGCCUGCUGUCAGAGAGCCGCUCCAGCCUAGCCAGCGAGCCUCCCCACAGCACCGCCCCCCUAGCAGCCCCCCCUGAGGACUAUGACACAGACCACAGCCGGCCCUCCCCUAUACCCCCCGCACUCAUCCGGGCUAGCUCGCUGCGCUCCUCCUCGGCCAGCCACAACUCUGGGGAUGACCCGGCAUGCUCCCACACCGAUGACGACCCGGGCCGGGCCUUUGGCGGCGCUGCAGCAACCGGCAAGAAGGAGGAGGAGCCGGACAUAGAAGGCUAUGACUCUGACGACUCAACUACAUUGGGGACCCUGGACUUCAGUUUACUGUAUGACCAGGAGAACAAUGCUCUGCACUGUACCAUCAACAAAGCCAAGCUCCCCAUCCCCAGGUAUAAGAAGGGGCUCAAACCCAUGGACCACAACGGGCUCUCGGAUCCGUAUGUCAAACUGCACCUACUGCCUGGGGCCAGUAAGGCCAAUAAACUUCGCACCAAGACCCUGCGCAACACCCUCAACCCUGUCUGGAGUGAGACCCUGACCUACUACGGCAUCACCGAUGAGGAUAUGGUCCGCAAAACACUCAGGAUUUCAGUGUGUGACGAAGACAAGUUCCGCCACAAUGAGUUCAUCGGUGAGACGCGCAUCCCCCUCAAGAAACUCAAGCCCAACCAGACCAAGAACUUCUACAACUGCCUGGAGAAACAGCUACCUAUUGACAAGACAGACGACAAGUCCUUGGAGGAACGAGGGCGCAUCAUGAUCUCCCUCAAGUACAGCUCCCAGAAGUCUGGCCUGGUGGUAGGCAUCGUCCGCUGUGCCCACCUCGCCGCCAUGGACGCAAACGGCUUCUCAGACCCCUAUGUCAAAACGUACCUGAAGCCUGACGAGAACAAAAAGUCAAAACACAAGACUGCUGUCAAGAAGAAGACCCUCAACCCAGAGUUUAACGAGGAGUUCUUCUACGAAAUCAAAUACGCCGACCUCAGCAAGAAAACCCUGGAGGUAACCGUGUGGGAUUACGACAUCGGCAAGUCCAACGAUUUCAUAGGUGGUGUGUCCCUGGGCAUCAGCGCAAACGGGGAGAGGCUGAAACACUGGUUCGACUGUCUCAAAAACAAGGACAAGAAAAUUGAGCGAUGGCACACACUGACCAACGAACUUCCUGGUACAACAUUCAAUGACUGAUGGCCCCUCCCCACUACCUACUGUGGACAGGAGUUCAGCCUUGAUCGACUAAUAUACACUCCAGCUUUCCCGUUUCCGGAGACGUUUAACAAAUCAAAGCUCUUGUUUUCUGUAUUUCUAUCCCAAGGUUUUGGUCUCAUCCGUUAUCUUCUAUCCCUUUCUGAUAAUGUGCUGUGUCUUUAGGGCUUUGCUGCACAGAACUAAAAUGAGAUGAGAAUCUAUUUCUGUGGUUUGCUGUCCGGCGAUGCAUAUUCACUAGGUUUACUGGCAGCAGUUAUUGGCAGAUUGUGGGGAGUGUGCACUUUGUUGAAAUGAAAGGAGAAAAGGGUGGAUUAUUUACUUCAGACACUGCUCUAAAAAGUAUAUGUAUUGUUUACAGUCUAGGAUGCAGCUCCACACACCUCUGCUGUUCCUCUGAAGUUCAUGUUUGCCAGAGAAAGGGGGCAAAAGACCCAAGUAAUGUGUUUUAUAGAGAGCCUACUUUCAGGUCAUUGCAAAUGUCUAAUCCUGUGAUGAAGGGUUUGGGCUAGGGGAGGGAAAUGUGGAAGGGAGGGGGGAAAGGCAUUUUAAUAUGCUAGCUCUAAGUACUGUAUCUUGUUGCUUAUGUGUUUCAGUUGUUUUUUAAGUAGUGUAAAAUGUACGCCACCCCAGUCAGUAUAUCAGAUGAAUGUAGGGUGCUGUGUGUUAUUGAACUAGUUCAUACAUAAAACUCAAGGUCUGAUAAAUAUCAGAGUUGCGUUGGAUAGCAUGGGAGGAAGAGAUUUGAACUUCUGCAGCCUAAUGGCAAACUGUUUUUAUGACAUUGCCUGAGGCGGAAUAUUACCAUAAAUCUAUAUUUUUACAUUUCCUCAUUGGCUGUUUAAUUAUUAAUGAUAAGGCAAUAUGGCUCAACUCACUUCAUGCUUAUGUUUUCAAAUCAAAGUAUAUUUUAUGUUCACCUUUUUAUUGUUGCCCUAAAAUGUAUGUUUGUGUGCGUGCGCAUAUUUGUGCUGUAUGUGUGUCGGUGAACGCGACCGAGAAUUGUCCUUUUAAUCGUGAAAUAUUUAACUGGCCAAUUCUUACACAACAGGUAAUAACUGUACAUGUAUUGCUAGUGUUUUCCACUGCAUAGCAGCUAACAACCAGUGGUGGAAAAAGUACCCAAUUGUCAUACUUGAGUAAAAGUAAUGAUACCUUAAUAGGAAAUGACUCAAGUAAAAUGGAAGUCACCCAAUAAAAUCCUACUUGAGUAAAAGUCAGAAAGUAUUUGGUUUUAAAUAUACUUAAGUAUAAAAAGUAAAUGUAAUUGCUAAAAUAUACUUAAGUAUCAAAAGUAAAAGUAGAAAUCAUUUCAAAUUCCUUACAUUAAGCAAACCACACAGCACGAUUUUCUUGUUUUUGUCAUUUACAGAUAGCCAGGUGCACACUCCAACACUAGGACAUAAUUUACAAACAAAGCAUUUGUGUUUAGUGAGUUCGCCAGAUCAGAUGCAGUAGGGAUGACCAGGUGUCAGGGAAAAGGUACAUUAUUUACUUUUGGAAAGUAGUGGAGUAAAAGUUGUCAAAAAUAUAAAUAGUAAAAUAAAGUACAGAUACCCCAAAAAACUA